GCGCGCUCUCCCCCUACAUUGAGCAAGCUAAACGAUGCGAGCGCUCGCAGCCGUCGCCCAGUAGAGUUUCCCAGCUCGCGGACCAAGCACAACAACACCGAAAAAUACAGACAGUGUGAGGGCAAUAUACGAAGACCAGUGCUUUUUUCAAACAAGUGUCAAACGUUAUCGUGGUGGAUUUUUUUAAUGCUUUAACUAGUCGCCGACAGAGCGCGAGAGAGUGGAACGAGAGCGAGUCAGCCAGCCUAGCGAGGGAUAAGGAAGAAAGAGGGAAAAUAAUUGCUGGUAUAUUUUGGUCCUCGCCAACCGUUACUUUGGAUAUCAAGAAGAUCAGAGGUUGUGUAGUCAUGGGAUGUACACUGAGCGCCGAGGAGAGAGCGGCUUUGGACAGGAGCAAGGCUAUCGAGAAAAACCUAAAAGAAGAUGGAGUCACUGCCGCGAAAGACGUAAAACUACUCCUGCUUGGGGCUGGGGAGUCAGGAAAAAGUACCAUCGUGAAACAGAUGAAGAUUAUCCAUGAGGAUGGCUUCUCUGGAGAUGAUGUGAAGCAGUACAAGCCUGUGGUGUACAGCAACACAAUCCAGUCUCUGGCUGCCAUCGUCCGUGCCAUGGACACCCUGGGCCUGGAGUACGGAGACAAGGAGAGAAAAGCUGAUGCUAAGAUGGUGUGUGACGUGGUGAGUCGUAUGGAGGACACUGAGCCCUACUCUCCUGAGCUCCUGGGGGCUAUGAUUCGCCUGUGGUCUGACUCCGGCAUCCAGGAGUGCUUCAGCCGUGCCCGAGAAUACCAGCUCAAUGACUCUGCCCAAUACUACCUAGACAGUUUAGACCGGAUCGGUGCAUCUGACUACCAGCCCACAGAGCAGGACAUCCUCAGAACCCGAGUCAAGACCACUGGCAUUGUAGAAACUCACUUCGUCUUCAAGAACCUGCACUUCAGGCUGUUUGAUGUGGGAGGUCAGAGGUCGGAGAGGAAGAAAUGGAUCCACUGCUUUGAGGACGUGACAGCCAUUAUCUUCUGUGUGGCACUGAGUGGGUACGACCAGGUGCUGCAUGAAGACGAAACCACGAAUCGCAUGCACGAGUCUCUUAUGCUGUUCGAUUCCAUCUGUAACAACAAAUUCUUCAUUGACACUUCCAUCAUUCUCUUCCUCAACAAGAAAGAUCUGUUUGCCGAAAAGAUCAAGAAAUCUGCCUUGAGUAUCUGUUUCCCUGAGUAUACCGGUUCUAACACCUAUGAUGAUGCAGCUGCCUACAUUCAAGCACAAUUUGAGAGCAAGAACCGCUCGCCUAAUAAGGAGAUCUACUGUCACCUGACGUGUGCCACGGAUACAGGGAACAUCCAGGUGGUGUUUGACGCCGUCACUGACAUCAUCAUCGCCAACAACCUGCGAGGCUGUGGUUUGUACUGAGCCCUGACCGCCCCCUCGCCUCACCUCUGGAAAUUAUUCUAAUUGAAAAUGCAACUUGGUAAAUAAUGAAAUUUUGAAAUAGGCAUACAUAUAUAUAAAUAUAUAUAUACAGUACCAGUCAAUAGUUUGGACACACCUACUCAUUCAAGGUUUUUUCUUUAUUUUUACUAUUUUCUACAUUGUAGAAUAAUAGUGAAGACACCAAACUAUGAAAUAACACAUAUGGAAUCAUGUAGAAACCAAAAAAGUGUUAAACAAAUCAAAAUAUGUUUUAGAUUCUUCAAAGUAGCCACCCUUUGCCUUGAUGACAGCUUUGCACACUCUUGGCCUUCUCUCAACUAGUACAAAUAAAGAAAAACCCUUGAAUGAGUAGGUGUGUCCAAACUUUUGACUGGUACUGUAUAUAAGGGCCAUACUUGCAAACAUUAGAAACAGUUUACCUUUAAACUGUUUCUCCCGUCUCAAAAUGUGCAUCAGCCAAUUAAUAUCGUUGAUUAGUAUCAUUGUCUCAUCAAAUAACCUGGCACAUUUUAGCCCUAUCCUAACCUCACCAGCUGACUGAUUAUUCUGUAUAACAAAUUCAUGAAGAUAUUACACUUUUUAUCCACCAACCAAUGGCAUUUCUUGAAAUAGGUUAACCCUGGCCACCAGAGGGAUAUUUUAAACCUAUUUGGUAUGGUAUGUUAGGCCUAUGUAGAACACUAAUUCAUCAUUUAAAAAAAGAAAAAUUUCACCUUUAUUUAACCAGGUAGGCCAGUUGAGAACAAGUUCUCAUUUAUAACUGCGAUCUGGCCAAGAUAAAGCAAAGCAGUGCGACAAAAAACAACAACACAGAGUUACACAUAAACAAAGGUACAGUCAAUAACAAUAGAAAAAUCUAUAUACAGUGUGUGCAAAUGGAGUAAGGAGGUAAGGCAAUAAAUAGGCCAAUAGUAGCAAAGUAAUUACAAUUUAGCAAAUUAACACUGGAGUGAUAGAUGUGCAGAUGAUGAUGUGCAAGUAGAAAUACUGGUGUGCAAAAGAGCAAAAAAAGUAAAUAAAAACAAUAUGGGGAUGAGCGAUCUGUAAGCUGCUCAGAUAGCUGAUGCUUAAAGUUAGUGAGGGAGAUAUAAGUCUCCAUCUUCAGCGAUUUUUGCAAUUCGUUCCAGUCACUGGCAGCAGAGAACUGGAAGGAAAGGCGGCUAAAGUAGGUGUGGCUUUGGACAUGACCAGUGAGAUAUACCUGCUGGAGCACAUGCUACGGGUGGGUGUUGUCAUGGUGACCAGUGAGCUGAAAUAAGGCAGAGCUUUACCUAGCAAAGAUUUAUAGAUGACCUGGAGCCAGUGGGUCUGGCGACGAAUUGCGAGACAUUGAUUCAGCUUUGACCUAAACGUUAUCAAGCAUGCACCAUUCUAAGAAGUGGCGAAGCGUGGCUCCGGUGUGCUCCAGCAGAUCUACACUCCUGUAUAGCAGUGGCCUAUAUGUCAGUCUGAAAGAGGGACUCCAAGAAGCUUCUCAUUAAAUAUAUUUGUAAUUUACAAUGUUUUGGCUGCACCCUUCGCAACACACUAUCACAAUACAUGUAAUUCUACAUUUCAAAGGAAAAAAACUAUACCUCACCUGGAAUUCAAACUUGAUGCAAACAACGAAAAUUACCGGAAGCCAAGAUCACAACAGCUAUCUGUCCAAUUGAACUUUUGUGUGUGUUUUAGUAGCUUUGAUUAGCAGAUCAACGUGUGACUUCUGUUAAGGAUGCUCUCAUGAAAAAGUGUUUGGUCACGUCCAACUAUGUCAACAUUGGUAAUUGGCUGAUACAGAAUUUGUUACAGGAAAUAAUCAUGUCCAGCUGGUGGUGUUAGCAUAGGGCUAAAUAUGCCAGGUUAUCUAAUGGGAAAAGCUAACAAGUAGCGUUCUAUUACAUGCAACUACAUCAACGAUUUUAAUUGACUGGUGUGGAUUUAAAUGUAAAUGUUCUAAUGUUCGCAAGUAUGGCCCCAUUGGUUUUAGUUUGUCUUCGAAGAGCUGCCAACAGAACUGAUUUCUUAUAGAAACCCAGCCUUUAAAAUUCUAGAACAAAGUUGAGAACUCGUUUAAUGUUUGUUUUUUCCCCUUCCCGACUGUGUCUUUUUGUUUUUAACAAAACAACCCUGUUUUUCAUAAUGUUUUUGUAAUUUUCUAUGUUUUUGUUUAUCAUGUCUAUAUUUAUUACAUGAAUAUCAGUCCAUGGGUGACCUGUACACAUUUGCCUGAGUAUAUUACUGUUGUAAUUGUGCUGAAAACUGUUCUAGCUCUAACAAUGGCUAUGAUAGGUAUGAUGGUCAUGAGUACGACAGUCAAUAUCAGUUUCUUUCUUUUGUACCAGACAUGGUAAUCCUAGAAGUUCUGUUCAGCUAUUUGAUCAUUUAGUUAAAAGGAAACACCCAGGAUUGAUGCGCCCCUUUUCCACCCAUCCCUUCCUGUCACUUUGGUGGGCCUUUGCCAUUGGCUGUGUGGAUUUUGGAGCGGGGAGUCACAGCGUGUGGCCCAAAGCCUCUGAACCGGAUAUCUGAAAAGUGUCAUAUCAGUGCCAACCCCAGGAGAAUGACAGGUUUGGAGAAGUCCUAGGAACACUUUGUUACUGUAAUGAAUACCUAUUAACAUGAUCAUGUAAGGAACUUCUACUUUUUUAUGAUCAUUUAUUAAUUUAUUUAUUUAUCAUCUGUCCCACACACCACCUCUGCACUCACCACACACCUUGUACUUUAUUCCUCCACUCAUCUUUUUCUAGCACCCACCUCUCUCACCUCUCGUUUAAUUGUUUUGGGUUGGCCAUUAGCUCGGUAGUGGUGUCUCCCGUCACGCCUCCUGACACAAAUAGCAUGAGCAACCCUUCAGCCUUUGUAAAAAAAAAAAAAUAAUUAAAAAGAGAGAGAGAGAGUUAAACGCAUCACAUAGAAAAUGUUGAGAAGAAAUCCUACAAAAUUCACAAAAAAGGUUAAAGAAAUGGAAAAACGAAAGGAGAAAAAAACUAAAGAAAAAGACAACCACAACAUAAAGAGACAACCAUCAUAUGGACUGGGUGUAUGGACUGGGUGUGGCCAGUCCUUACCAGUAAUGUGGAGAUUUGAGGUCAAGGGUCAUUGGACUGUGUGUCUUGGUAGAAAGAUGUAGAUCCUUGGGUUCUAAACUCUUUACAAUGUGGAACUAUUAAAGAAAACAUUUACAAAAAAGUAUGAUUAUGACAAUAAUAACAAUGCAGAAAAUUAUGAUGAUUAUAAUUACAAUAUCAAUGAUAAUGAUGAUUCUGUAAUAUUAUUAAAGUAUAUUUCUUGUGCUUUGUAGCUACAGAAUUUUUUUUUUUUCUCUCCCCCUUUUAAAAAAAUGUUUGGCAAGGGUUCCCGUGAUCCACACUUGAACCGUUUUUACUGACUUACUGAUGUUUUUGAACUGUACUGAUUAUUUCUGCCUGUUCUCCCUGCAUUACAGUGUCUUUACUUAGCCUGACUUAUAUAUAUAUAUAAUAUCUAUUUUUUUUAUUUUGGAAGAACCACUUUGGAGCACGUCCUGCCCCAUUGCUGUUAAGGGUGGGGUGUGUACGCGGCUGUACAGAUUCAUGCGCUUUCUUUUACUUUGGGGGAAUUGUACUCAAACACCUUCCAGGUCUGCAUAGAAAAGCACAGCUCUCACUUCACACAUAGAUUUGGAAAGAUGUAUCUCUCCUCCCUAUCUGCCUUCUUGAUUUAAAUGUUUUUAAAGAAUACUGUGUAUUGAUACAUAUACCAGUUUGGCAUUCUUUUUCCUUUGAUCCCCUCCUUUUUCCUACAUUUUUUAUCCCAGUAAAUGCUUUUCCGUGCUGCUUUUUCUCCCUCCUCUUUAGUGAAUGGUUGUUCUUUCAUGUGGGAUGUUCGUGCUGGAAUACCAAUCGAAUGUAGUGUUUACAUUAAAAGCCACAGUUUUCAUGACUACAA